CCGUUCGAAUAGGUGAUCGAAUCUCAAACAAAACUCUAGGUUAGGCACAACUACCUCUGGGUACCUAAUUAACCGCAUCGUCUACUAUGAAUGUCUCCUUCAGGGCGGGUAAUCCAGCGGAUGAUGCACAUCUACAGCGGUGCUGGAGGAUCCAGAACUGCAAGGACUGUCUGAAGAAGGAGUCGGAUUGCAGUUGGUGUCCAUUCUUCUGGACAUGCGUUCCCAACUCGAAUCGGAUCCAAUCGCUCGCGCCGGCAUGGGACGAAAAUGCAUGUCCGCACUGGGCUGAGAGGUGGGAAAUUUGCGCUCGGCCGCUCGGCUGCCAGGUCUCGACCAUCACCACGCUGACUUCGCUUGUUUCUAUCGCAUCAACGCUCGUCUUCGUGUUACUCGUCACAUUGGUGGUGUUUGGGGUCCAGAGGCUUAGGGGAUAUAGUAAGAAGAACCCGGGUUGGUGGAAGAUAUGGCAAUACAAAUGGAGGCGUUGGAAUGGACUUCGGCAACAGUGGCUUCGCGUGAGGAUUGGAGAUCAAACCAGUACGGAAGCUCGGGAAUCAAGUCGCGAGCAGGAGCCAUUACUACCGUCUUAAGUAUCGACCUCGUCACCCUCCUUGAUCAGAGUUUCGGCAAAUUCAUCUCCAGACUCAGGGAU